AUGCUAUCUCUGGAAAUCCUGGCCAAUCAUGAGCUUCGUCCAAAGGAAUCGUUGAAGUAUCAGCUUAAAUCCGUUGCAGACGAAACCUUCACUCGACAUACGGACGGUAUUUAUUACAAUUCAGUAGGUUUCUCUGUUCACAAUAUGCCUCCACCACCACCGCCACCGCCUCCUCCACCAUCAGGUCCUCCUCCCUCAAGAUCUGGAAUUGGGGCCAAAUCUAGCAAUAAUGCAAUACCUACAGACCGUAAUGCCCUUUUGGGAGAAAUCCAAAAAGGCAUGAGGUUGAAAAAAACGGUGACAAAUGAUCGAAGUGCCCCUGCCUUAGGAAGCAACAAGAAUUCCUCAACCAAAAAAUACAAUACGAUUGGUGUGCAUACUCACCGCCAACAACAACCACAACCACCAGGGCCUGCAUUAUGGAGAAGAGGAAGCCAAGAUGGUAGUCUGAUACUAGCACAUUACUUCACUCUGCAUGUUACUCAUGGUUUUUCUGACUAUUAG